AUGUUUGGCCUCAUGGAUUCAAUUAAAACUCUAUCAAGUUCAUCUCUCCGUCGUUUCGUCCACCAUGACUUCCAUGAAGUUGUGGCUAGGAUGACCAUUAUUGAUGCUUUUCUUUUCCUUAUUGUGCACUCCAUUGAUAAGCUGCGCAUAUGGCAUCGGUUACCAGUCCUUUUAGGCCUCCUUUAUUUGAGUAUACGCAGACAUCUUCACCAGGAGUACAACUUGUUCAACGUUGGGAGAUCCCCUGUUGGAGUUCGCUAUAACCCAGCUGAUUAUCCAUAUAGAACACCUGAUGGAAAAUAUAACGAGCCCUUCAACGAAGGUGGAGGAAGCCAAGGAACUUUCUUUGGUAGAAACGUUCUCCCAGUAAAUCAACAAGAUAAGCUAAAGAAGCCAGACCCCAUAGUUGUUGCCACAAGACUACUUGCUCGGAAAAAAUUCAUAGACACAGGAAAGCAAUUCAACAUGAUAGCAGCUUCUUGGAUUCAGUUUAUGAUACAUGACUGGAUUGAUCACAUGGAAGAAACCGAGCAGAUUGAGCUUGUUGCACCGAAGGAAGUUGCAAAUCAAUGCCCACUUAAAUCUUUCAAGUUUUACAGGACAAAGGAGCUUCCCACUGGAUCCUGGGAGAUCAAGACUGGAGCAUUGAAUAUCCGAACACCUUGGUGGGAUGGGAGUGCUAUAUAUGGGAGCAACGCAAAAGCAUUGCAUAAGGUUAGGACUUUCAAAGAUGGGAAGCUCAAGAUAUCUGAGGAUGGCCUUCUCCUCCGUGACCAAGAUGGGAUUGCUGUUUCAGGAGAUGUUCGCAAUAGUUGGGCGGGUGUUUCCGUGUUGCAAGCCCUGUUCGUUAAAGAGCAUAAUGCAGUUUGUGACGCCAUCAAGAGGGAAAAUAAGCACUUGGGAGACGAAGAACUAUACCGGCAUGCAAGACUAGUGACUUCUGCUGUAAUCGCUAAGGUCCAUACCAUCGAUUGGACUGUUGAACUUCUCAAGACCGACACACUAUUAGCAGGAAUGCGAGGCAAUUGGUAUGCAUACCUCUGGUUUCCAGAAUAUGGGUAUGGAUUGUUGGGGAAAAAAUUCAAGGACAAGUUUGGUCAUGUUGGAGGAGCUAUCUUAGGAGGUGUUGUGGGUCUUAAGAAGCCUGACAACCAUGGUGUUCCCUAUUCAUUAACUGAGGAGUUUGUUAGUGUUUACAGAAUGCACUCACUUCUACCUGAUUACCUUCAACUCAGAGACACAUCAGCUGCACCCGAUACCAACAAAUCUCCACCUCCAACUGAAAAGAUACCUAUGCCAAGUUUGAUAGGUCGUGAAGGAGAAAAAAGAUCAUCAGGAAUUGGAUUUAUCAAACUAAUGGUUUCAAUGGGCCACCAAGCUUCUGGAGCAUUGGAACCGUGGAAUUAUCCCAUGUGGCUCAGGGACCUGGUACCACAGGAUGUUGGUGGUAUGGAUCGGCCUGAUCAUGUAGACCUUCCAGCUCUUGAAGGUAACGUUCGCCAAUCAUAUAGUCGUUGUUCGAUAUGGGACAGGGAGAGGAAUGUUGCAAGGUACAAUGAAUUUCGUCGGGCCCUAUUAUUGAUACCCAUCUCAAAAUGGGAAGAUCUAACAGAUGAUCAGGAGGUGAUAGAAGCUCUUGAUCAAGUAUAUGGCAAUGAAGUGGAAGACCUCGAUCUUCUAGUGGGACUCAUGGCAGAGAAGAAAAUCAAAGGAUUUGCCAUUAGUGAGACUGCUUUUAUUAUAUUCCUUCUCAUGGCAACCAGGAGGCUAGAAGCAGAUAGGUUCUUCACGAGCAAUUUUAAUGAGGAAACAUACACAAAGAAAGGAUUUGAAUGGGUGAAUUCAACAGAAAGUCUGAAAGAUGUACUUGAUCGUCAUUAUCCAGAAAUGACAGCGAAAUGGAUGAACUCAGCAAGUGCUUUCUCUAUCAUACCCAAAUGGGGCCCAAAAGUAUUGAACCGAGGGCUAGAUGCCUCGAUUCCAUCAAUCUGUCAGCUUCCAAAUAACCAUGUUUGA